GGCCCCUGUGAUCCUGGCCAGGAUAUUUGGAGACACCAACAGUUCUGGGAACUCCUGGGACAGGAAGCGAAGGGGGGAGGGGCAGAGGGGAGCCCGGUGAACUGCACCCCAGCGCCCCGGGACCAGACCCCUCCCAAACUUGCAGUGAAGAGCGAGUCCCAGGGGCAGCUGAUACCAGGUGAGAAGCACUCGGACACUCGGACACACGGGCUCGGGGUUCUCGCCCAGACCAGCCACUCCGGGUACCCCUGCCCCACUUCUCCUGGCUCUGGUGCCUCCUUGUCCUGGGGCCUGGGCUGCGUGAGGGACCUGGGAGUCCGGCCACCCUACUUUAACAGCAUUAGCUUCCAGCAUUAGCCUCGAGCCCAGCCUCAGCCCGACCCAGCUCCUGCCCCGGACCCAGCAUGGCCAAGGACUGUCAAGACAUCCAGCAGCUGGACUCUGAGGACAGCGACCAGCAGCUGGGCAGAGGUGAGGGGCCGGGUCCUCGUGGGCAUGGCCCCAGAAGAGAAGACCGGUUCUGCAGAAGGUUGCCUCCCCACCAGCCCCUUCUGCUGCAGCGUCUCUGCUCUGGAUACCGCCUCAAUCUGCUUGUCCUAGGCUUCAACGUCCUGAUGCUGGUGGCGAUCUGCGUCAUCGGGUCCCAACGAGCUCAGCUAGAAGAGGAGCUGCGGAUCCUCAAAGAGAACUUCAGCCACUUCUCCUCAGGGGUCCUGAUGGAGCUCGGUGUCCUCCUCUCCGAUGGGGGCGGUGCCAGUAGCCAGCUGACUUCUCUGGAAGCCAAGCUGGAGAAACAGCAGAGGGACGUGAAGGCAGAUCACGCCACCCUGCUCCUGCACCUGAAGCACUUCCCCUCGGACCUGCGCAUCCUAACGUGUCAGGUGGCGUUCUUCCAGAGCAACGGCACCGACUGCUGCCCGGUCAACUGGCUGGAGUACGAGGGCAGCUGCUACUGGUUCUCCCGCUCCGGGAAGACCUGGGAGGAGGCCGAGAAGCACUGCCAGCUGGAGAGCGCGCACCUGGUGGUCGUCAACUCCAGGGAGGAGCAGAAGUUCAUCCUACAACACACGAACCCCUUCGAUACCUGGAUAGGUCUCACUGACAGUGAUGGCUCCUGGAGAUGGGUGGACGGCACCGACUAUCAGCAGAGCUACAAGAACUGGGCGGCCACCCAGCCAGACGACUGGCAGGGCCACGAGGUGGGCGGAGGCGAAGACUGUGCUGAAGUCCGGGCCAACGGCCGCUGGAAUGACAACUUCUGCAAGCAGGUGCAGCGCUGGGUGUGCGAGAUGAGGCGGAACGUGACGGGUUAGGAGCCCGCCCCCCCGCCCCGCUCCCAGCUCUCCGCUGGGGGUUUCAAAGGAAGGAAAAACAGAGGUGGAGGGGGGUUGGGGCACAGUGGAGGGGGGGCCGUAAGCAUCUGGGACCCCCAGAGACACUGCAGUCCUGCCUCCUUUGGCAAGUCACUGUUCUGGUUAUAAUGUGGAGCCCGCUCGGCAGGGUACGGAGAGAAGAUGCAAGUACUUGGAA